AAGGAUAUGGCUCUGUCCUGGGCAUGGUUAAUGGUGUUCAUCAGUGCUUCAAAGCAGAGCUGCAUAUCUUCAGUCAUCUUUACUGCAGUAUUCUGAGGAUAACGACAUGUUGAAGAUAUAUAAAUAAAAUCAAUAAAAUAAAAGCUAGUAAGAUGUAGAAAUGCCAGCACUGUCAGCUUGGUUUGUGAAUUCUAUCAUAGCUUAGAACUGAAAGUCCCUUGAAGUUCCAAUGCCUUUAAGAAGAUAAGACAACACCUAAUCAUGUUGGAACAACCUCCUGGACACCAAGCAGUCUGGCUUCAAGAGCAACCACUCCAUGGAGACUGCUCUGCUUUCCGUCACUGAAGCCUUACGACUAGCAAGAGCAACCUCUAGAUCAUCUGCCCUCAUCCUACUUGACCUCUCUGCUGCUUUCGACACUGUGAACCAUCAGAUCCUCCGGUCAACUCACUCCAGCCUGGGCAUCACUGGAACGGUUCUGCACUGGGUGGAAUCCUAUCUCUCUGACAGAUCCUUCAAGCCUGACGAUCCAUCCGUCUCUGCACGCAUCUCGGCUUGCCUGUCAGACAUCUCGGUCUGGAUGAGGGAACAUCAUCUUAAGCUUAACCUGGCAAAAUCUGAGCUUCUCGUCAUCCCAGCCUGUCCCUCAAUCAACCACAACCUCACUGUACAGCUCAACUUCCUCACACUCAUGCCAACCAGGACGGCCAGGAACCUUGGGGUGAUUCUUGAUGACAGCUUGACCUUUACAGAGCACAUCUCAACAACUGCAAGGUCCUGUAGGUUCAUCCUGUACAACAUCAAGAAAAUCCAACCCUACCUCACCGAACAGGCUACACAGAUACUAGUCCAGGCUCUUGUUAUCUCUAAACUGGACUACUGCAACUCACUGCUUUCAGGCCUCCCAUCCAGCUCCAUCAAACCACUUCAGAUGAUUCAGAAUGCUGCAGCACGCCUCGUCAACCAGCCCAAGAGAACCCAUGUCACACCCCUCUUCAUCUCCCUCCACUGGCUUCCUGUAGCUGCCCGCAUCAAAUUCAAGGCCUUGAAGCUCACCUACAAGACCUUGUUAGGAACAGCAUCCUCCUACCUCAACUCUCUCCUGAAGGCGUACGUUCCCUCUCGCAAUCUGCGAUCGAUUAGUAACCGACGUUUAGUAGUUCCCACUCAGCGUGGCGCAAGGUCCCUCUCCAGAACCUUCACGCUAACUGUUCCUCAGUGGUGGAAUGAACUUCUAAUCUCAAUUCGGACCGCAGAAUCUCUCACCAUGUUCAAAAAACAGCUAAAGACCCACCUCUUCUAUGAACACCUAACCAACUCAUAAAAAAAUUAAUAAAAAUAAAAAAUUGCACUUACAGCUCUACUAUGUGCACUUUGUUCUUGUGGAACUCAAUUAAUGGAUCUUGUAUGGUAGCACUACUUGUAUUGUUCUCUGCUUGAUAUAUCACUUUGCUUGUAUUUUUCUCAUUUGUAAGUCGCUUUGGAUAAAAGCGUCUGAUAAGUGAAUAAAUGUAAAUGUUUGCAAGGUGGAACAGGUUAUUGGUUAUUGUUUUUUGCAUACAGUCUGUAAAAUUAACUGAAAAUAUUAAAUUUAUCAGAAGGUAAAUUAAUUUGUCAUGGAUCUGUGAGGGAAUUAUUAAUUUUUACUUUGUAAUAAUUUUGUUCUUGUUCUGUUCAUGGUCAUCUGAGGAUAACGCCUAAGAAGGCCACGUCAUAUUAUUUAGAUCAGUACAGAAUAUUUAUCUGCUUACAGAGACACAAACAUGUUCUUCUGUUCAAGGUUCGUCUGCACAUCUUCUAAGAUCCUGAAACAAAGCCUGUUUGAACUGCCUCAAUCUGCUUCUUAUCGGUACACAGAAGUGUGUCAUGCUCUGCGUUUCAUAUGUAUAGCAGUGGUUCAGCACAAGUGCUCUAGAGCACUCUCAUUAUUCUAUUCUGCUUUCUUCUAUCCUGCAUUAACCAUCUUUCUGUAAUAAACCUUUUUUUUACCUUCAGAGGACGAGUCUGCGAGUGU